AGUACAGGAAAAAGGAAAGAAAAUUUCCUCUCCUUCCUCCGGCAAUCUCCGUCGCGGCAAUGGCGGAGCUUCGGUAGCAAAAGCUGAGCUACCUGCCUCCUCCUUCCUCUUCCUCCUCCUUUUGCUCUGCAACUGAUUGAUGAGAUGAGGUCCAAGGACAGGAUCUCCUACUUCUACGACGGUGAUGUAGGCAGUGUUUACUUUGGACCAAAUCAUCCCAUGAAGCCACAUCGGCUCUGCAUGACCCACCAUCUAGUCCUUGCUUAUGAGCUUCACAAGAAGAUGGAAAUCUAUCGUCCUCAUAAAGCAUAUCCCGUUGAGCUUGCCCAAUUUCAUUCAGCUGAUUAUGUUGAGUUCCUCCACCGCAUCACACCUGAUACCCAGCAUUUGUACUCAGAAGAAUUGAUGAAAUAUAAUCUUGGAGAAGAUUGUCCCGUCUUCGAGAACCUAUUCGAAUUUUGCCAGAUAUAUGCUGGUGGGACAGUAGAUGCUGCAAGAAGAUUGAACAAUCAACUUUGUGAUAUAGCUAUAAAUUGGGCUGGUGGUUUACACCAUGCCAAGAAGUGUCAGGCAUCGGGAUUCUGUUACAUCAACGACCUUGUUCUCGGGAUCUUGGAACUGCUCAAACAUCAUGCUCGAGUUCUGUAUAUUGACAUAGAUGUGCAUCACGGUGAUGGUGUGGAAGAAGCUUUUUAUUUCACAGACAGGGUGAUGACUGUCAGCUUCCAUAAGUUCGGAGAUAUGUUCUUUCCUGGAACUGGUGAUGUUAAGGAAGUAGGAGAAAGAGAAGGGAAGUUCUAUGCUAUUAAUGUCCCACUCAAGGAUGGAAUAGAUGAUGCCAGCUUCACCCGGCUUUUCAAGACUAUAAUAUCGAAGGUUGUUGAAAUUUAUCAACCUGGUGCAAUUGUCCUCCAAUGUGGUGCAGAUUCACUUGCUGGUGAUCGCUUGGGUUGCUUCAAUCUGUCGAUUGAUGGACAUGCUGAGUGUGUUAGAAUUGUGAAGAAAUUUAAUCUGCCCUUGCUGGUUACUGGGGGUGGUGGAUACACGAAGGAGAAUGUAGCUCGAUGUUGGACUUUUGAAACAGGAGUUCUGUUAGAGUCAGAGCUUCCAAAUGAAAUUCCAGAUAAUGAGUACAUAAAGUAUUUUGCUCCAGAUUACUCGCUGAAGAUUCCUCACUGGCAUAUACAGGAGAACCUGAAUAGCAAAUCCUAUGUUGGCACAAUCAAAAUGCAAGUCUUGGAGAAUCUUCGAAACAUUCAGCAUGCUCCAAGUGUGCAGAUGCAAGAGGUCCCUCCAGACUUCUACAUUCCCGACUUCGAUGAAGACAAGCAGAACCUUGAUGAACGAGUAGAUCAGCACACCCAAGACAAGCACAUUCAACGGGAUGACGAGUACUAUGAUGGAGACAACGAUAAUGAUCAUAACAUGGAGGAUGCGUAGAAUCUAGGGUGGGAUUAUACUUGACCAUUCUUUCAGAAGAUCCAACUUAGGUCAAUAGCAGUAGAAAUUAGGUUGUGAAAUGUUGUAACGAGAUUCAGUGUUGUCCAUAUGACUCAUCAGGCCAAAGAAGCAACCCUGCUGUUCUGUUAAUAUUGGGUAUGACGUUGAAAUCAUUAUUCGAACUUCUGUUGCUGACGUGCCCUAAAUAUUCAGGUCUCUUAGAGCACGGUUCGGUUUC